CGGAGGAGGUACCAGAAGCAGUGGACCGAUAUUGCCCAUCUCCGAGGUCGAUCUGAGUUUGAUAAUAAUAUUACGAUGUACCAAGUUUGGAACAAUUCGGAGACUCCCUUCGAGAGUUAUUGUGCGUACCAGACAAACAGACGGACAUACGGACGGACAUCGCCAGAUCGCCUCCCACUGUCCUGAAAUGGACUUGGUCCAAAGAGACCUAUGGUCUAAAACCGUUAUUAUGGUUAUCAAAUGAUAUAUGCCUUCCCUAGCCAUAUGGAUAUUUCGAAUUUGCAAAGGAUUCUACAUCCUUUGGCAUCCCAUUGUCCGUAUAAGCUCGGGAUUUCAAACAUAAGAACAUAAUUCUUUUUUACUUGUUGAUGAAUUUAAAUUUGACAAGGUAAAUUACAGAAAAUGAAGAGCUGAAUUAUUGUUAUUUGAAAUGAGGCUACCUUAAAUAUAGAGUCAUUUCCACAGACAGACGGGCAGUCAUCGCCAAAUAGACAUAACAUUUUAUGCCGAUCAAGAAAAGUUGAUCACUUUGUGGGGAAGUUACAGGGAAAAUGGCAAAUUUAUUAUACCCUUCAUAGUAUGAUGUUUUGUAUAAAAACGGCUCUCAGAUAUGAAUUUAUGAAUAAUUUUAAAAACAAAGUUGGCUUUGGUAGCAGAACGUAAAAUAAAAUCAGUAACCGGGUGUAUUGCAAAGAAAUAUCGCAGUGGAAUAGUUAAGAGAGUAUUUUUCUAAUACUUAGCCAGAGAAUAUCUUCAAGUCAAUAUGGUACGGAGCAUCUUCUCUCAGCGCUACAACUAUGCCCAGAUACGUCUUAAUGAGGCUUUGGAUGAUGUUUUUCGUCGAACUGACAUUUUUCCAAAAAUAACCAAAUUACCUCGAUUGAAAAGAACAUUUUACGUAAGUGUUCCCAAGGCGAGCGUUGAGAAAUCUUGCAAACCGAAGUUGAGGCCAAAACGUAUUUUGGAUCCCUCUGAUUGGUAUGACAGCGAUGUUAUACCCAUGGCCACCAGGUAUGAACUGGAAGCCAUUUUAAAUAUGACUCUAAUGGAGCGACACACGGACAUCCAUAAAAAUGGCACUUUCAGUCAUACCUAUUGGCAGGCGUCCGAAAAAGUGGCACAAAGCAGUCAAACAAUGACUCGUUCAACCACGCUUGCCGUUAAACGGAAUGCCCAGAAUUCGGAGAACACAAUCAAAGAAGAAGAAACAUAUAUGAUGUCUAAUCCCACAAAAAAUGGGGAUGUAUUUCUUAAAACAAACUCGAAGCUGUCGUCGAGUUCGUCUUACCAAACUCAUCAAGAGGAUCCUUCGUUAAUUUCUUCAAAUAAUUUUCAACAUAAUUUACAUUUUACGGAUGCUAGUCUAAACAAACCUAAGCGUAUCAAACACCUAGACAAAGCCUAUGAGUGUGAACACUGUCACAAAAAGUUCGAUCGACCCUGGGUAUUAAAUGGUCAUAUGCGUUUACAUACUGGCGAAAAACCAUUUGUUUGCCCCGUUGAGUCGUGCAAAAAAAGUUUUGCCGAUAGAUCUAACCUAAGAGCCCAUCAACGCACCAAGGGUCAUCAUAACUGGAAAUAUCAAUGUCCACAGUGUACCAAAGCGUUUAGUCAGGAAAGCUAUUUAAAUCGCCAUUGCUUACAGGCCUGUCGUAAAUUCUUGGCUUCUCAUAAGAAUGCUUGAACUAGUAUACAUUUAUUUGUUAUGAGAAUUGUUG